AUGGAAAAAUAUUUUGGAAAAGAACGUAAGGAGAGUAAUCUCAAAAAUAUAAGAUCAUACACAAAAGGUGAUGCAAAGGAAAUUAAAUUAAAGUAAUUAAUUAUGCUAUUUAUAGAUCUUUUUAACUGUACUAUCCAUUUGUAAUUUGUAGGUAAGGAAAUACUUUUAGGGAUAAUAGACCAGAACAAAUUAUAUUCAUAAAUUUUGAUAUUAAAUCAGAACCCAAUCUAAUUGACUCAAAUUGA